AUGCCCAGCGUUCAAGAGCUGCCGCCGAGCUUUGGCGAGCAGGCGCACAUGCCAGGGCGCAAAGAUCGUGUGCACGUGCUGCACACCAAGCGCUCCUUGGGAUCGCUGGAACACAUGCGCAUUGACAGGGAUAGCGCGCCUCCCGUACCUCCCGUGCCCCCCGUGCCGGCAGUGACACCGGCUCCGAAGAGCUCCUCCAAGGGACACACUGUUGUGAUGGAGCGCAGACCCAGCCGCGCUGCGCUGAGGCCAUCAGCCAAGGUGACGAGCUGCGAGGAGCACUACAAAAACAAGACGAGCAUGCGCUCCGUCUUUACCGACCCUGCACAUCGUCUCUACGUCGACGAUGCGCCGCUGCCCAAACCGUUGCCCGACGAGUGCGUGGUCCGCGUCCGUGCUAGCGGUGUGAGUGAUAUGGUAUGAUUUGCGUGCUUUGUGCCUCGCAUGCUCACUCUUCAUCUUGGCCUCACCGCUACCACUGUUGCUACGUACCACUGCUCCUCGUUUUCGACACGGCCACUCAUCGCAGAUUUGCGGCUCCGACUGUACAUCGUGGCGCAAGGGCUCCAUUGGUGGACACGACGUCCAGGCACCUUUGCGGCUGGGGCACGAAAGUGCGGGCGAAAUCGUCGCCGUCGGCUCAACCGUCCGCAACUUGAAGCUGGGCGACCGCGUCUGCAUCGAGCCAGGCAUUGCGUGCGGCACUUGUCGACAAUGCAGGAGCGGAUGGUAUAAUCUGUGCCCGCAGGUGAAAUUCAUCAGCGUCGCCCCUUGUCACGGUGAGUCUCUCGCAUGACGCCACGCAGCGGCAAGUUUCUUGCGCCGCUCGAAAACGCGCUGACUGGGGAAAGGGGGGGCACAUCACGUUCAUCUUGCGUGUGCCUCGCCAAGGUACUCUGGCCGAGUAUGUCGCACAUCCUGCUUCCUGGCUGCACAAACUCUCGCCGGACACGGACUUUCGGGAAGGAGCAUUGAUAGAACCGAUGAGCAUCGCACUCGCCUCUGUGCGGCGGGCCGAUCUCAAACUUGGCCAUGUAAGUCACCGCAUUGUGACGCACUCACGACUGUGCCCCCGAGCACCCCUUGCGUCGUUGGGAGCGCGACGUGUGAAGGCGCUUGCUUAUCCCUCAAACGGCCCCUUUGUUCUGGUUGGACUGAUAGAGCGUCGCUAUCAUCGGAGCAGGCUCCAUUGGGUUGAUGAUCUAUCUACUAGCAAAGGCAUCAGGCGCCACACCGAUCACGCUCGUCGACUCGUCGCAGGCGCGCUUGGACUUUGCGGUUUCUGCGCUCGGCGUUCGGCCGUCCGAAGUGGUGCGUGCAGAUCCGCAGGGAACGCCCACGGCAGAGGCAGCGCGAAUCAUCGAGAGCAUGUCAGGCACGCGACCCGACAUCGUCUUUGAAUGCACCGGCUUCCCCGGCCCAGUGCACGUCGCCAUCGAAGCGCUCGAGCUCGGAGGCGUUUUGACGGAAGUGGGCAUCGGCGCCAAUGUCGACAAUCUGCCCUUCUCAGACAUGCUCCACCGUCAGAUCGAUCUGCGCUUCGUCAUGCGCGCAAAUUCCUGCUUCGAAGACUGCAUCAAGCUGCUCGAGAACGGCAUCGUCAACCCCAAACCGCUCGUCACGCACAACUACACUCUUGAAGAAGCGCCAACCGCGUUUGCCGCCGCUUCUCAUCCUCAAGCCGGGGCGGUCAAAGUUCACAUUGUUUCGUGA